AAGAAAGAAAACAAAUAUACAGAGUUUAAGACUGUAAAAUAUUUACGGAUUUCUACCGGAAAAAGAAGACAGAUUUGAAAUGUGAACACAAGAGAGAGAAGUCGCAGAACAACCUUUGUCUGCCGUCGGAAUCUUCAAACAGGGAGAAGGUGGAGCAUAUGGCCUCCCACAAUUUCGCAUGCGUGUCUUUUUGUGGGGUUCCCUUCAAGGAGAGAAGGUGUCAAAAUUUCCUUUGCGAGCCCACAAAGUUGAUAGUAGAGGCGUCAUUUCCAAAGAGUUUGAUUGCAACAAUGUUGAUUAUGAAAACCAUGAUGUCAACCUAAAGGACGCACUCUUUCUUGAAGAUGCCAUUUCCGAUCUUCCUAAGGUUGAGAAUACUGAGGUUAGAGAAGAGAUGAAUUAUGUUGAUGAUCCAAAAACUCAUUUUCAGCAGUUUAUAAGACUUGGGCGAGAUGGUGUGCUUGGACAAGUUUUGUAUGAUCAUUGUCCAUUACAGUUGAAUGAAGACGAUUAUCAACGCGUAUGCCAUGUUCCAAAGAGGAAGGGCGCAUAUUUCAGAGAUUUACCUGGUGUUCGCGUGGUUGGCAAUAAGGUUGAGCUGGAUCCAAAUGUCGAAAGAGUGGCUGAGCCUCACAAUCAGGCCAUUUGUCACCCUGUCCAAGACCGAGUUCUCACAAUCAGAGUAAACGCGCGGUUACAAGGAUUUCCUGAUUACUACAAGCUUUGUGGCUCCAUCAAAGACAAGUACAAACAAGUGGGAAAUGCAGUUGUUGUUCUAGUUGCCAAAGCUUUAGGUUACUCAUUAGCUCUCUCAUUCAAAGGCUUGUCUGAAGAAGCCGCCAUGUUUACAUUGCCCGAAGGAUAUGGCGCGAUUCAAGAGCUACCAGCUGAUCAAACCUCUCCUGCCGAAUUUCCAUAAUGAAGUUUUUGAAGGUUAUUAUUGAUUGCGCUAUGGCAUACAGUU